AUGGGCCGCAAAGGCAAGGGCUCGAAGGCGACUCUGGACAAACUAAAUCAGAAGUUAGACGAUCUCCUUGCUACUCGGAAUGUUUUGAAGGCUAGACUAUACGAAGUCGACAGGAACAUUGCUCUGACUCGUCUGAAGCAAGUCGAGGUCACGGCCAAUUCCAGCAUGCCUUGCCCAAUCCGCACAUUGCCUGGGGAACUCAUCGCUGACAUACUCGAAACGUGCCACUCGACUCUUUCUGAGAAGAAUAAGUUCUACUUCCCGGUCCACGUUUCUCUCGUAUCGAAGCAAUGGAGAAGCCUCGUGCAGAGCACAUCCUCAUUGUGGGCGACUAUCCGAGCCUCUCCUGCACAUUUGAACCGUUUGGUCAACUAUCUCCAAUACUCUGGAGCCCAACCCCUUGAUAUCACAUUCAUAGGAAAGUGCGCCCACGGCGAGCUGAGGAUCACAACUGCUCUCGGUAUGCUGGUGUCAAAGAUCAAGCAAUGGCGGCGAUUGCACAUCUACACUGACGGCGGUCGUGUCUUUGGAAUGAUGAUACCCCAACUACUCGAUGCACCCGCUCAUCGAUUGGAGAUAUUCAGUGUCUCCCUUUUGGGCGACGGAAUGUACACGCAGGGACGCUACGCUUUCCAUAUGGAUGCGCUUCGUUUGCAUACGGUGCAUCUCAGCAAGUCGCCUAUUGACUGUCGGAAAUCCGCAUUCUUCCGAGGCCUAAGAGUGCUUCGUCUGGAAGGUCCCGUUGCUGACGGGUUACCUCCUCUUUCGUCGACGGACCUUCAAGCCGUCCUCGCGGCUUCUCCGCAGUUGCGCGAGCUGGCUGUGGAGCUGCCCAUCCGUCCUCCGCAAUUGACGGAUCCUCCUCUCGCUACCAUCGAAUUACCAGCGCUUCGUUCGCUAGAAGUCUCUUGCAGGUCGCCGGACCAGAGGAUCCCCAACGCGAAUACGGUCUUUUGGGUUCUGUUCGCUCCUUCUUUGGAAGUCUUUACCCUGACACGCCUAGGAUCACAAUCGUGGACUGCAUUUCUGCGAUCUCUGUUCGUUGAGCCUCAGCCACGGUAUGCGCGUGUACGGGAUUUGAAGCUAAAUUCCGUCAGAAUUCAUGGGGACAUCACCGGCUACGGACAUAGAGAGGGCGAAAAUGGCAGGAUCGGAGUCCGUUUCAUCGAUUCUUUCCCCUCACUCAAGCACCUCCAAUGCCGUGAUACAGAUGUCACACGUAUUGUCAGGACUUUGUCCUACCAUCUCGAAUGUGGGCAGUGUUCUUGGCCAGAGCUGGAGGGCCUCACUGUAGAUAAGUGCGACUUCUCCGCGCUUCUGACAUUUGUCAGGCUACGAGCCCAGUGCCAGAAGCCUUUGUCGCUUGUUCAGUUACCGAUCGUUUACAGACAAUUGAGGGAUACUUCUGUCGAGGCCAUCGAAGAAUACACGAGGGUGAAGUAUUACCGGCUGGAGGACGACCAAGAGGAAUACGACUACAGCUUUGGCUCUGGGGAUGAUUAG